AUAAUGGCCAAUGUCAAGAGGACCCUGAGCUUCGCGGGGCGAGGCCCCACACGGAGGAGCCUGUUCGGCCCAGUUGACAGAGAGCAGCUGCAGGCAGACUACCAGGAUGCUUUGAGGAGAGACCUGGAGGACGCGUCGCGGCGAUGGAGUUUCGACUUCGUGUCCGACCAGCCACUGGCUAGCGGCCAUUUUCAGUGGGAGGGUGUUCCGGUCGCCACGGUGCCGCUGCUCUACAGAACCCGUAUGUUGGGGAAGGCGGUUGAUCAAAGGGUGACAGAGGUGACGGUCAGCCACAAGAGAUCCAGGACUGCAUCAUCAGAAUGCGAGAAGGAGAAUGUCCCUGAAAGCAAACCGGAUAAAUGUUCUUUCAAUAUGGAGAAAACGCCAAAGAAGAAAGAGAACACUGGACUCAAGAGGAAACAAACUAAUAUUACAGAUUUCUAUCAGGCCAAGAGAAGAGUGGUCGGGAUGUCGCUUAAAUCCGACAAGUGA